AUGGAGUCAUCAUCGUCGUCAUCGUCAUGUGGUUCUGAUGCGGUAAAGUCCAUCAGGCCAUUUAACAGUGACACGGAGUCUGAUCCUGUCUGGCGAGAUCCAGAAAAGCGGUUGUCACGAUACAAGUUCCUUGUCACCUCUGAGAUGUCGGCCCUUUUUCGCGCUGGCCCUGAGGGUCAAAAAUUUCUCAUCGACGAUGAAUUAGAAUACCGUGGCUCCGAGCCGCUGGUCAUGAAAGAUCAUGCUUCUGUCAUGCCGACAGAUAUCUCAUGGUGGAAGAAGAAGCAACAGCAUUUCGCUCAACGACUUCGACAGAUCGAAGAGAAAGAAAAGGCAGGGAAAUUGCCGGCUACGACAAUGCUUGCUCCCGCUGCAGACAAGAUAUAUAACUGGAUUCCAGAACCGCCUAAGUUUGCAGCGGAAGACCCGACUCUGAGUCGAUCCUCUAACAACCCACUACCGAACCACACAACGUCUGAACACGGGAAAAGAAAGCGCGACCGAUACGAUAUACCGGAGGAUAGUAUAAGAGUAUCGAAAAAGUCCAAGUGCGAUGGCCUGCCUGACUCGCGGCUGAGACCACAGAGGCGCGAAGCAACAGCGACAGCGAGCCAAGAUUGGUUAUCAAAACAUACUCAGAUAUCGAGCAACACACGGUCAUGCCAUGCAGAAGCUACCAGGCAGUCAAUUUUGAUAUCGGAGAAGCAACCACUUCGGAGAAGCCGUCGCAUUAUGAAUUUGGGCGACAGGGACGCUCGCAGCGGCACGAGACCGCGCUCAGCGUCGUCCGAAUGCAAAGGUCAGCAAUCGAAAAAAGCAACGAGAGGGCGCCGCAAGAGGAAUGCGCCUCGAAAAUCCUCGGCGGGUAGACUACAGAAUAAACGUAGCUUCAGACAUCGGGGAAGUCCCCCUUUACCGGCCAUCGAUUCAAGACAAGACGAAGUAUUAGCCCAAGACAUAGCGUCGACAGUAAGAAGAAGUAUUCGUCUCGCUAGAAAGAAUCCUGUCAAAACUACAAAAGGUCCAGUAGUGCAGAUCCCAACACAAAGUGUCGUACACAAGACAUAG